AACUGCACCAUGAGCCUCGGCCAUCAUCGGUGUGUUUGCUGCCACCAGAAUAAUUGGAUUUUAUUACAAACUGAUCACCAACAGAUGGUUGUUUUUACUUUGAGUUCCUGGACAAACAUGUUGGCUGUAUGGAAAACAGCUUUUGAUGCAAUCAUGAUGCAUUUUAAAUCAUUUUAGGAGAGAAAUGAGAGUGAAAAGCCGCUGAGCAGUGCUGUUCACGGCGGUGAAGAGGCGAUGUUUGGAGGCUCCACAGACUAAAUGCAGAGAGCACCAGAGCUCUGCGGGACUCCAGCAGGAAGAGACACGAGCCCGCUAUCGGCCCCGCAACUUUCAGCCCGCUGCACGUCUCCCACAUUUAGUUUGGAGGGUUUUAUCAGUGAAGAGAAAACACACAAAGUGGCAUCCAGACUGCUACAGAGGAGCCAGGGGGCAGGGCUGAGUCUCCACGGUUCUCAUGGUGUGUUUAAGUGCAGCCUCUUGCUCCGGAGCCUCCAACAGUCUCUCUGAUCACUCUGUGUCGGAACAAACGAGGAAACAAUGGCAGAAGAAGUAGCUCCAGCUCCAGCCGCGGCGCCGGCAAAAGCCGCCAAAAAGAAGGUGACCAAGCCGAAGAAGGCCGGGCCCAGCGUCCGCGACCUGAUCCUUAAAGCGGUGUCCGCGUCCAAGGAGCGGAACGGCGUGUCCGCGGCCGCCCUGAAGAAGGCUCUGGCCGCCGGAGGCUACGAUGUGGACAAGAACAAGUCCCGCGUCAACACCGCCAUCAAAAGCCUGGUGGCGAAGGAGACUCUGGUCCAGACCAAGGGGACCGGGGCGUCCGGAUCCUUCAAGCUCAACAAGAAGGUGGCCGAAACUAAGGCCAAGAAGCCAGCGGCCAAGAAGCCAGCGGCUCCGAAAGCCGCCAAGAAGCCCGCCGCCGCCAAGAAACCCGCCGCGGCCAAGAAGCCCAAGAAGGCCCCGGCAGCCAAGAAGGCAGCGGCCGCUAAGAAGUCCCCGAAGAAGGUGAAGAAACCCGCCGCAGCGGCGGCCAAGAAAGUGGCCAAGAGCCCCAAGAAGGCGGUGAAGAGCCCCAAGAAGGUGGUGAAGAAGGCCCCGGCUGCUGCCAAGAAAGCCCCCGCCAAGAAGGUCGCCAAACCCAAAGUGAAGAAAGCGGCACCCAAGAAGAAGUGAAGCUGUCAUCGCUGUGAUGAACAAAAGGCUCUUUUAAGAGCCACCACAUCUCCUCAAAGAGCCUCUUCCUGUUUAUUAUUAAUGUUAUUAAUGCUGACUCAUCAUUUAGA